AUGGAUCGUGGAGACAACUAUGGGGGAGGUCAGAGAAGGGGGUUCGGGGAAGAUCGACGUGGAGGGCGGUUCCAAGAGGAGGGUGACCGGCGCAUGGGGCGAUUCCAUGGUGAGGAAGACCGGGAAGCAAGGCGCGAGGAAGAACUCCGCUGUGAAUGGCAACUCAGGGAUAGGAUGGCCAGGAAUCGCAAGAUUUACAUGAUGGGUGAUCCUCGUGGGUUCAGAGACGGCGACCAGGCUGGUAAGAGGAGAGCUAUGGAGCCUUCGGAGCUGGAUCGGGACAACUAUCAAAACAGUCAAAGAGUAAGAUUUCAACAAACUCAAUCUGCUUCGCACAUCUCUGUUUUGGAUAGGAUUGUGGGGAAUCGCUGGGAGCAAAAUGAGAAGAGUGAACUGGUCUCAAACAAAAAUGCAGCUGAAUCGAGCAGGAAUGGGGUGUGCUUCAGAUGUAGACAGGAAGGCCACCAUCAGGCCAAUUGUACCAAUCCUCCAUUCUGCUUCAAUUGCAAAUACAUUGGGCACAUGGCUGCUAAAUGUCUCAACAACAAAGAAUGUUCGAUGCGUUUGCUUGGAUUUGGGUUUCCUGAGCAAGGUUAUUACUGUCUGAAAAUCCCAGGUGCUGCGAAGCAACAAACAAAUGAUCAGAUUGGUUUGAUUCAAGUACAAAGUGGGGAUGCUGACGCUGAUAAGAUUGAAAGGGAGCUAAAGAACCUGAUUGACAACAAAUGGGCCUGGAAGCUUCACAAUGUGCCUGACCCUGCAAGAAACUCUGAAGCUGUGACCCUAAUAGCUGAACUAGCUGGAGAAGUGAUGGGCGUAGAUGAAGUGUCUCUCAUCAAAGCUGGCCCGAUUAGAGUUAAGCUAAGAGUCAGAGAACUGGCCAGGGUCAAAGGGCACAUUGAAAUAUUCAUAGAGGGGGUUGGCUAUGAAAUCAAGUUUCUACCUGAGCAAGUCAAAAGCAAGAAGACUGAACCCAGGGACCCAUCCCCACCACCCAAACCUGAUGACAAUGAUUCUUCUGAGGAGGAUGAUGAAGCUGAUGGCCUCUCAGAUUUUGAAGGUCCUGGGGGAGAGAAAGUGCUGGAGGCCAUACCACUGGACAUCUAUGAUCCUACCACUGAAAUGCUAAAACACUCUGCUGACCCUGAUGGACAAUUAUCUCAAGAAAACACAGGUUCUAUUGAGCUGUUGCAAGGGUUUGAUUUGAGUGGGAGGGAGAACCCUCCUUCUAGUCACAUUGAAAUGGACAGGGCUGCAGUUGCAGAGGCAGCAUAUAAGUGCCAGCUGGAAAAGAAACUUAGAGAAAACCACAGUUUGGAGGGGGAGAACUUAAGCUUGGAUACAAUUGACAAUGAGCAGAGGGAUACUGGACCAAAGAGCCAAGGUUGUGAACUUGUAGGUGGAAAUAAGGAGGAUAAUGAAGAGUAUCAUUCAGACAAAAAUAUUGGUGUGGGGGAUGAAAAGAUCAUGACCAUGUUUAAUGACUUCAUUGAGAAGUUUGAUCUGAAGGAAAUUCACAGGAGUGGGGGGAAGUACACCUGGACCAACAAACAGGAAAAACCCUAUUAUGAGCAAUCUUGA